AUGCUUUCUGGACAAGAGCCCCCAAGGAGAAAGCAUGGAUAUUGGGAUGCCUACAACGAAGAAGGUGGAGGUGGUGUUGAUGUUCAUCAACCAAGGAGGCGUCGAAACCACAACAUUUCUGGCAAUACAUUUUAUGCAAACAAAGGCGAGCGUGUUGGGAUUAGCAAAGUUGGCAACAAGUACAACAAGAAGUCGAGCAUACCAUUUCUUCUUGGUCUUCUUGUUCUUCUAGUUAUUGCUUCUUCUUUUCUCUUUUAUAUAUCAAUGGUGAGUAAGCAAAACAAAAAAUGA